GAUUUGGACUCAUGUCAUUCGCCUGUGUGCAAUAUACGAGUGCGGAUCUGUGUGCCACCGGUAUUCUUUCAUGUGUCGUGAAAACCGGUCAUUGUUCUCGCCAAUCUUCCGAAUCAUCAAUAAAAGUAUUACGUUUGUAACGUAUCCUUAUCUGUGAGAGUACAACUUCAGAAUUUAAUUCAACAUUUGUAUAUAACGUUGUGUAGUAACAAUAGUAAUUAAUAGAAUAAAGGGAAUUUGAUUCUCGUAAAAACGAGAGAAAGUUGAAUUAAACCUAUAGUGUUAGGGCACGAAAUUGAUCUUGUGUAACAAAAAUAAGCAAAUACAAAUUAUAAGUAAAAUAGUUUUGCAUUUAUAAACAUUAUAUUGUAAGGAAAAAGAAAAAUAAACAAAGAGAAAUGUCAGCAUCAGACAUGGAUCACGAAAAGAGGAAACAAAUUUCUGUGCGCGGAAUUGUUGAUGUGGAGAAUGUGGGAAAUUUUAAGAAAACAUUCAAUAGGCAUCUUCAUUACACUUUGGUGAAAGAUCGUAAUGUGGCUACGAGUAGAGAUUAUUUCAUGGCCUUGGCACACAGCGUCAAGGACAACUUGGUCUCUAGAUGGAUACGCACUCAACAAUACUAUUACGAGAAAGACCCAAAAAGAGUUUACUACCUUUCCCUGGAAUACUACAUGGGAAGGACUCUUCAAAACACCAUGAUUAACUUAGGCAUCCAAGGUGCUUGUGACGAAGCUAUGUAUCAGAUGGGCUUGGAUAUUGAAGAGCUCGAAGAACUUGAAGAAGAUGCAGGUUUAGGAAAUGGAGGUUUAGGAAGACUAGCGGCUUGCUUCUUGGAUAGUAUGGCUACCCUUGGCCUGGCUGCUUAUGGUUACGGUAUUCGAUAUGAAUAUGGUAUAUUUGCGCAGAAAAUAAAAAAUGGAGAACAGGUGGAGGAACCAGAUGAUUGGUUACGUUAUGGAAAUCCGUGGGAGAAGGCUAGGCCAGAAUUCAUGCUCCCUGUAAACUUCUAUGGACAGGUGAUUGAUACUCCUGAAGGGAAGAAAUGGAUUAAUACUCAAGUCGUAUUUGCGAUGCCAUAUGAUAAUCCGGUUCCUGGAUACAAAAACAACUUUGUUAAUACUCUUAGAUUAUGGUCUGCUAAGUCGCCAAUAGAAUUUAAUUUGAAAUUUUUUAACGACGGUGAUUAUAUCCAAGCUGUGUUUGACCGCACCUUGGCGGAGAACAUCACUAGGGUGUUAUAUCCUAACGACAAUUUCUUCGAGGGUAAAGAAUUGCGAUUGAAGCAAGAAUACUUCAUGGUAGCGGCUACUCUUCAAGAUAUCAUACGAAGGUAUAAAGCCAGCAAAUUUGGUUCAAAGGAACACCAUAGAACAGAUUUUGACUUAUUCCCCGACAAAGUGGCCAUUCAGUUGAACGAUACUCAUCCUUCUUUGGCUAUUCCUGAACUUAUGAGAAUUCUUAUCGACGUCGAAGGGCUUCCUUGGGAAAAAGCUUGGGACAUAACAAAGAGAACAUGCGCUUAUACUAAUCACACGGUUCUUCCAGAAGCUUUAGAGAGAUGGCCCACAAGCCUGUUAGAAAGCAUUCUUCCUAGACAUUUACAAAUCAUUUAUCAUAUUAAUUUCCUCCAUUUGCAAGAAGUUUCCGCUAAAUAUCCGGGAGACAUGGAUCGUCUUCGUCGUAUGUCUUUGAUCGAGGAGGAAGGUGAAAAGAGAGUUAACAUGGCUCAUCUUUCGAUUGUGGGUAGUCACGCUAUCAACGGUGUCGCAGCAAUUCAUUCGGAAAUUUUGAAAAGUGGCGUGUUCAAAGACUUCUAUGAAAUGACGCCUGAGAAAUUCCAGAAUAAAACCAAUGGUAUUACACCACGAAGAUGGCUCCUUUUGUGCAAUCCAAAUCUCUCAGAUAUAAUCGAAGAAAAAAUUGGCAGCGACUGGACAGUACAUUUAGAACAGCUCGCUCAGCUGAAACAAUGGGCCAAGGAUCCAGUUUUCCAGCGCAGCAUUACGAAAGUGAAACAAGAAAAUAAAUUGAGAUUAGCGCAAAUGCUUGAGAAAGAUUAUGGAGUUAAAAUAAAUCCUGCUUCUAUCUUUGAUAUUCAGGUGAAGCGAAUACAUGAAUACAAGAGGCAACUAUUAAAUUGUUUACACGUAAUCACAUUAUACAACAGAAUAAAAAAAAAUCCAACCGCGCCAUUCGUUCCUCGAACGGUGAUGAUUGGAGGAAAAGCUGCUCCCGGUUAUCAUUUAGCCAAAAAGAUUAUAAAGCUAAUUUGCAGUGUAGGAAACGUUGUAAACAACGACCCUAUUGUUGGAGAUAAAUUGAAAUUUAUUUUCUUAGAGAAUUAUCGAGUUACGUUAGCGGAGAAAAUAAUUCCAGCAGCAGAUUUGAGUGAACAAAUUUCUACUGCAGGUACUGAAGCUUCGGGUACCGGAAAUAUGAAGUUCAUGUUAAAUGGAGCCUUGACAAUUGGCACAUUAGACGGUGCUAACGUAGAGAUGGCUGAAGAAAUGGGUACAGAUAAUAUAUUCAUUUUCGGUAUGACUGUUGAUGAAGUCGAAGAGUUGAAGAAAAGGGGAUACAAUGCUUAUGAUUAUUACAAUAGAAUCCCAGAACUAAAACAGUGUGUUGAUCAGAUCCAGGGUGGCUUCUUCAGCCCCAAUAAUCCAGACGAAUUUAAAGAUAUUACCAAUGUUUUAUUAAACUGGGACAGAUUUUAUUUGUUUGCUGAUUAUGAGAGCUAUAUAAAGAUGCAAGAUCAUGUCAGUAAAGUUUACCAGGAUGAAAGUAAGUGGGUAGAGAUGGCGAUCAAUAAUAUAGCUUCUUCGGGAAAAUUUUCAUCGGAUAGAACAAUUGCCGAAUAUGCUCGUGAAAUUUGGGGCGUUGAACCAUCUUGGCAACGACUUCCUGCACCUCAUGAGCCGCGGGACAUUUAAAUUAUAACUUUCCUAGAUAUUUUACGAUGUUACUUCUUGCAUACAUUAUUAACAUUUUUUAAUCCUUUUUCUUUUUAACAAAUGGAUAAAAUUCUUCCACGAACGAGCGUGAGCAGUAUCACUAUUUAUUACGUAAAUUACGUUUUAUUUGAAAACGUAUGUAAUAUCUGAAAUUUCUUAAAAAAUUUUAUUAGCUACUAAUCAUUGAUCAACCAUAACAAAGAUAUAAAAAAGAAAUUUAUCAUGUCUUAUAUUCUAGACGAACACAAAAUAUUUUAUGAUAUGUCUCUUGAACAAACACAACAGAUACAAUCUAGUCGACAAAAAAGAUAAUAGUGGCAUCAGAAAUGAUUUUAUUCAUAUUUUUCUACUUGUAAAUAAAAUACCUGCAACAAAGAUAAAAGAUAAUAAUGAAUCUAUCAACUGUUAAAUAAUUAAAAAUUUUUAAGACAA